AUGUCGUACGAAACUGACACCUACGAUCAGCGCGACUCAGCCCGCGAGCGCUCUCCCCGACGUCGCUCUCGCUCACCUCGUCGCUCUCGACGCUCCUACUCCCCGCGCAGCCGCUCUCGCAGCCGCGAGGACUAUCGCCGCAACGACCGUCGCUCGCGUUCCCCCGUUGGUGGUGGAGGCGCAGGAGGUUAUCAAUCGUACGGAUCUAGUCGCGGAGGCCAGUCGCGCUCGGUAGACCCUGCCAGCAAGGAGACGAUGAUGCAGAGCAUCCGAGAUUCGUCCCAGCAGGACCGUCGUGUCUAUGUGGGCAACCUCUCUUACGAUGUCAAGUGGCAUCACUUGAAAGACUUCAUGAGACAGGCCGGUGAGGUCUUGUUCGCAGACGUACUUCUGCUGCCGAAUGGAAUGUCAAAGGGCUGUGGCAUCGUGGAAUAUGCAACUCGGGAGCAGGCGCAGAACGCCGUGGCGACGCUCAGCAACCAGAACUUGAUGGGACGGCUCGUGUACGUUCGCGAAGACCGUGAGGCCGAGCCUCGAUUCAGCAACCCCAGCACCACUCGUGGAAACUUCCAAGGCGGUGGUCCCCAAGGCGGCCCCGGCCACGGAUUCGGCGGAGCACCCUACGGACCAGGCAACUUUGGCGGAUCGCCGCAGGGUGGCGGCGGUCGCCAGGUCUAUGUCGCCAAUCUACCGUACAACGUAGGUUGGCAAGACCUGAAGGAUCUCUUCCGACAAGCUGCCGUCACUGGAUCUGUUAUCCGCGCUGACGUUCACCUGGCCCAAGACGGCCGUCCGAAGGGCUCCGGUAUCGUCGCGUUCGACACUCCCGAAGAUGCUCGAAAUGCUAUUACACAGUUCAACGGGUAUGAGUGGCAAGGCCGUAAUCUCGAAGUGCGCGAGGACCGCUUUGCUGGUCCAGCUGGUGGAUAUGGUGGUGGCCGUGGCGGUUUCGGCGGUCGCGGUGGCUUCGGCGGUGGCUUUGGUGGUCGCGGCGGUUUCGGCGGUCGUGGCGGCUUUGGAGGCGGGUUCGGAGGCGGUCGCGGUGGCUUUGCCGGAGGCGCUGGUGGUUAUGGUGGUGGUGGUCCCGGCUUCGCUGCUGAAGGCGGUGCCGCCAACCCACCCAAUCCUUUCACCGACUACGCUACCUCGGGAGGAGAGCCCAGCAACCUGAUCUACGUCCGCAACCUGCCCUGGUCUACGAGCAAUGAGGACCUGGUCGAGCUGUUCACCACCAUUGGCUCUGUCAAGCGUGCCGAGAUUCAAUACGAACCCAACGGACGUUCUCGCGGCACCGGCGUGGUUGAGUUCGAGAAGGCCUCCGAUGCAGAGACCGCUAUUCAGAAGUUCACCGGCUACCAGUAUGGCGGCAGGCCCCUUGGUCUGACCUAUGUCCGCUACUCGAACCAGAGCAACGGCGACGCCAUGGAGGGCACUGAGGCUACCGCAGGCCUCACCCAGGACCAGAUCAUGUAA